AUGGUUACAUUGCCAACGACCUCAAGAUUUACAACCAAGUAUACUGGACUAGUGCAUUGGGCCAUCUAUCAUUCCGAUGUUCAUGCAGCAUUCAAUGCCAUUGGUUUCGUGGAGACCGCUUUUGUGAAUGACCUCAAGUGUUGGCGAAUGUGCCCUGGAGCUUGUGGCAAUGCAAGCAUCAACCGUGAUUAUACGGCGUGCCGGGCUGCUUUCCACAGCUGUGGGGCCGCUAACCAAGUCGCGUUCGACCCGGACGAGGACAGCUUUCACAUGUUGGACGCCAUCUCGCCAGACGGUGCAUAUUUCAAGAUGUUCGGGGUGCUCUUCGACAUCAUAUUGGCUAUGUACCAAGCUGCGUCACUUUCCGUCGCAACGGGCACCUGGAGGCUCCAGGCGCUCCGUCGAGCAAACAGUCUUCGUUGGAUUUUUCCGUGGAUUAUAUGA